AAUAUAAGAGUUUGCCUGUUCAUUUCUUGUGACUUGUGAAGCAAGGAUUUCAGCUACGGUACUUAUUGUCCAACAUGGUUAUGGCUUUAUCCUGCUUUGGAAGAAGUAUAUUUAUCAGACAGAACAAAAUGGUUGUUCGUACUCUGUCUUCAUCUAAGUAUCUGCAAUCAAGCUCUGUUGAUGCAAAAUUUGAGACGGCCAAACAACAACUAAACUCUUUCAGUAAUGAUCCUGGAAAUGAAACAAAACUCAAAAUAUAUGCUUUGUUCAAACAGGCAACAGUAGGAAAAAACACAACAGACAAACCAGGAGCUUUAAAUUUUGUUGGGCAAUACAAGUGGUCAGCGUGGACAGAUUUGGGUGACAUGUCGAAGGAUGAGGCAAAGCAGAACUACAUUGAUCUGGUUUCUGAAUUGGCCAAGGCCGAAGGAAGUUCUGUAGAUGCCGAACCACAACAAGAAACAGAAACGGAUGCAAAAGUUUAUGGAUCCGGUGUGUUAUUGGUCAAAACUGAAAAUCAAAUUAUGACUGUAACGAUGAAUAGACCUGAACGAUACAAUGCAAUAACUGUUGAUAUGUAUGAAGGACUGAUUGAAAUUCUCUCUGAUGCAGCAAAUGAUGAUUCUGUGUCUAUUGUCGUGUUAACUGGGGCUGGAAAAUAUUUCUGCAGUGGCAACGACUUGAAAAACUUUGCCGGUAUUACUCCUGCCAACAUGAAACAAGUAGCUAUGGACUCAGCAGUGUUAUUAGAACGAUAUGUGGCUGCCUAUAUCGAUUUUCCUAAACCUCUGGUUGCCGCAGUAAAUGGACCAGCUAUUGGAAUUCCAGUGACGCAGUUAGGAUUAUUUGAUGCUGUCUAUGCAAGUGAUGUAGCAACUUUUCAAACUCCAUUUUCCAAGAUUGGACAAAGUCCUGAAGCCUGUUCUUCCUACAUAUUUCCAAAGCUAAUGGGUCAUUCUAAGGCAUGCACACUGCUACUAUUCAAUGAAACAUACACUGCUUCUGAGGCUGAGCGUUUAAAUUUGGUGACCAAAGUUUUUCCCAAUGCAAAUUUCCAAGAAGAUGUAAGAAAAGAGAUUGAAAAAAUGGUAAAACUACCUAUAAAGUCACUGGUUUAUUCGAAGCGACUCGCUAGAGAUUGUGAAAGGGAAAUGCUUCAUAAAGUCAACAAAGAUGAAUGUGAGAGACUCGUUGAAAGGUGGACAUCAGAAGAUUGUAUCAAAGCUGUUAUGGGAUUUUUAUCGAAGUUAUGAUUCAAGAGCCAUAAUGCUGUAUGGAGCGAUUUGCAAAAAUCAUAAUUUAAUUUUUUUCUGCAAGCACAUGCAAUUUGUAUUGCUUGCGUAAUUGCCAAUAUGACACCGAAUACAAAUAGUUAGAUUCCUAUUACAUGAGUAUAAUAUGUGUUGAUGUGAUGCUGCUUUGAUUAUUUUUUCUUGAAGCCUUUUUUCAUCACUACCUCAUAGUGAUCACGUUUACACACCACCCAUAGUGUUUGGGAUUUUUAUCAAAGUUAUGAUCAAUAGGUGAUUGCCAAUAUCACACCCAAUGCAAAUAGUUAUUUUCCUGUUAUACGAAUACGUGUCAUGAUGUUGAUGUGAUGUUGCUUUGAUUUUUUUCUUGAAUCCUUUUUUCAUCACUACCUCAUAGUGAUCACGUUUACACACCGUCACCACCCAUAGUGUUUGGGGAUUUUUAUCGAAGAUAUGAUCAAUAGGUUAUUGCCAAUAUGACACCCAAUGCAAAUAGUUAUUUUCCUGUUAUAUGAGUACAUGUCAUAAUGUUGAUGUGAUGUUGCUUUGAUUUUUUUUCUUUAAUUUUUUUUUCCUCACUACUUUAUAGUGUUCGAGUUCAAAUAUUUAAAUAAAAGAUUCUUAUCAAA